GAAACCACCUUGGUGGAGUACAGAGAUUGACGAGGCCCGCAAAAAUUGUCGUAGAGCCUUCAAUCUCGCAAAAUCCUCGGGAGGCGAUAUGCAAUGGGAAAUCUAUAAGUUAAACUUGAAAGAUUACAAGAAACUACUAAGGAAGAGCAAGAGAUCCUCAUGGAGGAACUUUUGCAGUGGUAUGGAAUCCGUAUCAGAAGGGGGGGAGGCUCCAAGGUCAUAGCGUAUGCUGACGACCUUGCGGUGGUUGUGAGUGGAAAAUUUCCACAAACUCUUUGUGACAUUAUGCAGGACAGACUAAGGUUAAUCGAGAGAUGGACCAAGGAGAAAGGUCUGGGUGUUAACCCAGAAAAAACGGACCUGGUGCUCUUUACCAGGAAGUACAAAAUCCCCUCACUUCAGCUCCCUGCCAUAGGCAAUAAGAUUCUGAAGCUAGGGGAGUCUGCAAAAUAUCUAGGCGUAGUCCUGGACAAAAAGCUUAACUGGGCGCAAAAUAUACAAGAGUGUGUUAAAAAAGCGACGGUAGCCCUCUACAGCUGCAAGGGGGCGAUUGGGCGUAGCUGGGGGCUGUCCCCUAGCAUCAUGUAUUGGUUAUACACGGUAGUUGUUAGGCCGAUUCUAUUAUAUGGGGUCUUGGUAUGGUGGCCAAGUCUCAACAGGAAAUCUACAACUGAAGCACUCCAAAAGGUGCAAAGAAUUGCGAUGCUCUGCAUCUGUGGGGCCCUGCGCACAACUCCAUCGGAGGCUAUGUGCGUGCUCCUCGAUAUUUUACCAAUUGAAAUUGUUGGAAAGCAAUCAGCGGGGUGUGCCGCCUUGAGGUUGAGGGAACUACCAGGCUGGAGGGACACUCAGGAAGGCCACACCGCAAUCUUAAAGGACGUAAAUAUACCGGACACGGAUUACUGUGCACCAAGGUUGAACUUCACAAAGAGGUAUAGGAUUUCCAUUCCAGAUAGAAAAUUCUGGUCAGGAGGGGCUCCCGAUGACAAUGGAUCACUCCACCUCUACACCGAUGGCUCUAAGCUAGACGGCAAGGUAGGAGGGGGGGUCUUCUCGGCCCGACUGGGGCUGGAAAUAUGUUUUCGCUUACCCAACCACUGCAGCGUCUUUCAAGCUGAGGUCGCUGCCAUACAGGAAGCGGUUGAACACCUACGUACAAGAGAAGUCAUUUAUAACGAUAUCUUCAUCUACUCAGACAGUCAGGCCGCACUCAAAGCGCUCGACUCGGUCACAUGCAGUUCAAAAACCGUAGCGGACUGUCGCAGAUCUCUGAACGAGAUGGCUGAGCAGUCUGCACUUCACUUGGGCCAAGCAAACCAAGUUGUUAUUCCAAUUGCAUUACGUAAACGCAUUUUGCAGCUUUUACAUGACGGCCACUGGGGUGUUGUGAAGAUGAAACAGCUUGCGCGCAGCUACUGCUGGUGGCCCGGUAUUGACAAAAACAUCGAAAACGUUGCUAAGGAGUGCGAAAGUUGUAAAACUAACUCAUCUAGCCCACCUUGCGAGUGCAGUAAUUGGCCAGUAGCCAUGCGAUCAUGGGAGCGUGUUCACAUUGAUUUUGCCGGCCCUAUAUUCAAUUGUAUGUGGCUCGUGUGCGUAGACGCGUACUCUCAAUACCCCUACGUGACACAAAUGAAAACAACGACGACAGCUGACACCAUUAUUGCUAUCUCCGCUAUAUUCGCCAUUGAAGGGCUCCCCGAAACGAUAGUCAGCGACAAUGGCCGCAGUAAACGGCCGAUAUGUUCAAACAAUUUUGUGCCGGCAAUGGCAUAA